AUGGCUACUUUGCACUACCUCCCUCCCGUUAAGCCUUCGGCUAUCGCCCUAGGCACAGUCUUUACUCACACUGCUUCCCUCGGCAUUCUCGCCCCCGUCUUCGGUGACGCCUACCACCGUGCUCAAGCCGCCAACACAAAGGAAGAAUUCAUCAAGUCCAAGGAGACCAGCGGUGCUGUUGCUGCCUGGGGCAGCUCUCUCGUCGGAAGCGCUCUCCAGACUUAUGGUGUUGCUGCCCUCAUUAAUGCUACCGGCACCUUGACAUACAAGGGAGCCGCCUACCUCGGAACGUUGAUCUUCUUUGCUAGUUCUGCUCCUGGCCUCGUCUCUCAAAUCAUCACUGAAAAGCGCCCCUUAGAUACCAUCGCCAUCGGCGCUGUCAGCAGGGUAUUCGAGACCGUCGGUCUCAGUUUGUUCUUGACAUGGUGGGGAACUCGCACCAACCCUUUCGACUAA